CGCACUGAGUGAAGAUCAUGGCCAACCGUAGGCGUUGGAACGAUCGAUGGUUAUCUCUGUGUGUCUCCCUGGCUACGCGGCAAAGUCGGCUUAGGCGAGCGAAACUGCAGCGUGCAUGUGCGCACGUGAUGGCAGCUCAGCUGAGGACGAGGUUAGAUAUUGCAACUGUUGUCAAUGUUAUUGAAUCACACGUAAUGGAGCACGAGCAGACAAUGCAGUCGGGAUCACGUAACGUUCCUGUUACUCAGCGCGCGCUGAUUAUUCGGCUGUACGGUGAAUGCGGUUUAAACGCCGCAUCAGCUUCAAAAAACUACAACGCAAUGAACGCAGGAAUGCGUCCCAUCACCGCCCGGUACGUGCUUAAACUAAUGAAGAAGUUCGGGCAAACUGAUAGUGUGUGUGUGACAUGAAGAGAACCGGACCGCCUCGCAUCACCACGGACGACCGUUCAGCUUGCGCUGUAGUCAGUGAAGUGUCAAAAAGUCCCGAUCUCAGCAUUCGUCGGAUCGCACAGCACUGUGACACGACCCGACAUGCGGUAUACCGGAUAUUAC